CGCCGAGCCGCUGCCGCCUCCGAGAGCGACCCGGCCCGGCAGCAGAGCGAGGAGGCAUCGCCCCAGGAGCAGCAGAAGGCUCCUCCGGUCGCGGGGGGCUUCAACGGCAACAAAGCCCCAGGGCUGAAGUACGAGGAGAUUGACUGUCUGAUCAAUGACGAGCACACCGUUAAAGGGAGGAGGGAAGGCAACGAGGUCUUCCUGCCGUUCAGCUGGGUAGAGAAAUACUUUGAGGUUUAUGGGAAAAUUGCUCAGUACGAUGGUUAUGACAGGUUUGAAUUCUCUCAUAGCUACUCCAAAGUAUACACACAGCGAGCACCUUACCACCCCGACGGGGUCUUCAUGUCCUUCGAGGGCUACAACGUAGAGGUUCGAGACAGAGUGAAGUGCAUAAGUGGUGUUGAAGGUGUGCCGUUGUCCACGCAGUGGGGACCUCAAGGUUAUUUCUACCCCAUCCAGAUCGCACAGUACGGGUUAAGUCACUACAGUAAAAACCUGACGGAGAAACCACCUCACAUCGAGGUGUACGAAACGGCCGAAGAGAAGGAGAAAACCGGCAGGUCCGGGGAGUGGACGGUGCCGAAAGGCUGUUCUCUGGCCACGGUGUCUGAUAAAGCCAAGUUCACUAGCGUCAAACAGUUCCUUGCUCCAGAAAAUACCGAGGGAGUAUCUCUGCAGCUUGGGAACACCCGAGAUUUUAUUAUUUCUUUCGAUCUCAAAUUCAUAACCAACGGGAGCAUUUCCGUGGUUCUCGAGACGACCGAGAAGAACCAGCUCUUCACCGUGCACUACGUCUCCAACACCCAGCUCAUCGCUUUUAAGGACCGAGACAUCUACUACGGCAUCGGUCCCAGGACUAGCUGGAGCACCCUCACCAGGGACCUGGUGACCGACCUGCGGAAAGGCGUCGGCCUCUCCAACACGAAAGCCGUGAAGCAGACCAAAAUCAUGCCCAAGAGAGUGGUGAGGCUGGUAGCCAAGGGUAGAGGCUUCCUCGAUAACGUCACCAUCUCGGCCACCGCGCACAUGGCGGCUUUUUUUGCUGCCAGCAGCUGGCUGGUGAGGAACCAGGACGAGAGGGGCGGCUGGCCCAUCAUGGUGACGAGGAAGCUGGGGGAAGGAUUUAAGUCCUUGGACCCGGGCUGGUACUCGGCCAUGGCACAAGGACAGGCCAUCUCGACGCUGGUGCGGGCGUACCUGCUGACGAAGGACCACACGUUCCUCAGCUCGGCUCUGCGGGCGACGGCGCCGUACAAGCUGCCGUCGGAGCAGCGCGGGGUGAAAGCCGUCUUCAUGAACCGGCACGACUGGUACGAGGAGUACCCGACCUCGCCCAGCUCCUUCGUGCUCAACGGUUUCAUGUACUCCUUAAUCGGGCUGUAUGACUUAAAAGAAACGGCUGGGGAGAAGCUGGGGAAGGAGGCGCGGGUCCUCUACGAGCGGGGCAUGGAGUCCCUGAAGGCCAUGCUUCCCCUCUACGACACCGGCUCAGGGACCAUCUAUGACCUUCGGCACUUCAUGCUCGGCACCGCUCCCAACCUGGCGCGAUGGGACUAUCACACCACCCACAUCAACCAGCUCCAGCUCCUCAGCACGAUAGACGAGUCCCCCAUCUUCAAAGAGUUCGUCAAGAGGUGGAAGAGCUACCUGCGAGGCGGCCGGGCAAAGCACAACUAG